CAAGGUCAAGAUCGUAUCUCUCUAUCUUUCCCUUCCAACCUUCCGUCCUUGUCCAAAACUUCAUGCUCUAGCAGUGAGAUACUCGCACUCAAAUUCUUCCGCAGACAAAGAACCAUAGAUUUUAUAGUCUCUCUUAUUCACAAGCGUAGAAGUCAUUCUACGUUUCCCGCUCCUUUACUUUGUCAUCUGCGCUUCCCUAUCUGCCCUUUCUUUCUUUCCUUCUAUCCCAAGCAUACCAUAUAAGCAAGGUAAAGCGAGGUUCUUUGCUGCCUUUUUCUACAGUAAGUAAGCCGGCCUUCACUACAGCUGCCUCCUCGCAUCUUUGCCUCUAAUCAAUGAACGCCAUAGAAUCCAUUGCAGCCAUGAACCAAGAAAGGGGUCAAGGAGCUGCCACCGGCCAGAAUAGCACAGGCCAGAACGAGCCAGGAGGACGUCGAUUCCACGAGACGUCGCACCCCCUAGUCCACGAUGGGACUAUACUGCGGGAGGUUUGCCCUGCCCUUCGUGGCCCUGCCUUUCGUGUCCCGUCCCCAAGCGGCUCGCAUACUACCGAAAGCAAGGAACCCUCGCAACGGGUCAUCGAGGUGGCAGGUCAGACCUUUCCAGUCCCAGAGUCCUCCGGCCAGCAGUAUCUGCAAUAUCCCGAAGUCACCGCCACACAGUUCGGCCCUCUCCCUCCCAUUCCAACCCUGCCGGCGAUAGAAUUGCCCCUGCGGAGUGAUUACAACCUUGAGCUUCCACCUGGCGCUGUGGCCUUGGUAGGAGGUAGGAGGAGGACCCUGGUGCCAGCAGCUGUAGCGGCAGCACUAGACCCAGAACCUGAGGCAUCCCAGGACAGCGGGAGCCACUAUUCACUGGGCAAUGGGAGCUCUAGAGUGGACAGUGAUUCUGGGCUGGUGCAGAAUCUGUUGCCGGCACAGCAAUAUCCCAGCAUGAUGCGAGGCCCCCCACCAAGCCAGCCAUUACCUCCCCUACCUGUCAGGCCGUUACGGACCUCUCGUGGGCCCCAAAGGGGUUCUGUAAGGUCCCGGCUCAAUAUACGGGGUGCUUCAGAGCGCAAUCACCAAGGUGGGGAGUCGUUACCAUGGAGCUGGACAUCCCGACGAAGCUCCCAGCGUUCCUGGUGUCCCAGAGCACUUCCGACCAUCGCCUGCGAACGCCCAGGCGCCGCGCACGGGAAGAGAGGAACGGGCGGCCGAUUGCGAGAGAGAGAUGCAGACUUCAACUCCCGUCUCCACACAAAGCAAUAGUGGGCACCAAUAUUUCGACACGCCCAUCUCUCUGUCCCCGCCCCC